AUGGCCCCACCUACCGACUUUUUCUCCUCUCUUCGACCCAGAUCUAGAUCCCGGCGUCAGGGCAAAGGGUCCGAGACACUCAAGUCUAGUGGGACCGCAUAUACGCUCAACAACUGGGUGGAUUUGGACCAUAAUGGGAGGGCGAAUCAUAUCUACAUCGAUGAUACGCUUGAUCAUUCAAGUGGUCACGAGACACAGAGGUACAAUGUAUCAAGGAUGAAUGAGAAUGAGGAAAAUAUCGAUCCUAGGUCUGGGAGCAGAAGGUCAAGUGGGAGUAAGUUGAAGAGAAGGAGUAUGAUGUUCUUAAGGAUGGUCGAGAGGAAGGCUUCUUCGAAUAGGAACAAAGAGGAAGAUAAGGACGAGUUGAAGAGAUCUAUCAGACAUCCUACGAUGGAUGGUAGUACUUUAUAUGAGGGCAGUAUGGCGGGACCUUCCAAGUCAACCUUAUCCACAACUCCACCUCAUACACCUCUCACCACCCCCUCUCUUCCUUCCGACCUCUAUCAUCCCUAUCAUCCUCAAACCCAUCUCACGCCAAAUCACGCAGAAUACCCAGGAUGGAUCGGCGACUCCGACUCAUCAGGUAAUCGCACGACUCUAAAACCUCAUCGAUCGAAAGUCCCUUUCAAUACCCCUGAAGAUAGUCCGUUAGGUAUAUUCGAUGUGAACAGGAAUAUCCACUUGAACCAUCUAAACUCGCCUGGAACGGGUGGCGAGAGGCCAAAGGUGAAGAUGACGUAUGAGGAGCUGUUGGAUCUGCCAUUACCUUUACCAAAUGGUGAACCUAGUAGAUAUCAUCACUCACAACCAUGGAAUAUUCAUGAUUACGAAGAAUCACAAAAUUCGGUAUACCACCAACAGAGCAGCUCUUCCAAUCAUCAAAAAGAAUUAGACGGCGGGAUUAUUAACCUUGACAAUUUGGUUUUACAAGAUCAGGAAGAUCCACCUGCACAAACUAUAUUCGAAUCUUGCUCGGCACUAGAGGCAUUAUGGGAAUACGGUUCAUCCACUUCUUCAUGCUCGUCACUGGCAAUGGCCAAAUCGACCAAAGACCUGGAUCUGGAGGUUGAGUUGGAUUUAGAUAUAAAUGCCGAGGAAUACCCAUUACCUCCCGGUAUGGGAUUAUCAAACCUGCCUACCGAAAUGUCAUUAACGAAGAUGGACAUACCACCUCAACAUCCUAAGACUACAGGCAGAUCCAUAAAGUCUUCACGAAGAUCUAAUCUCAAUAUCUAUAACGAUUUACCUUCACCUUUGAGUGAUACUUUCUCCCUCGAAGAAGAAGAGGAAGAAGAAGAAGAACCAGAGAUCAAAGCAGCUAUCAAAUACAGGAUUCCCCUAAAAUAUCAGAAAGAGGAAGAGGAAAUACGUUCGAAUCCUGGUACUGACGAUGUAAUUUAG